AUGGACGCAGAAGCGGAGAAGUUGGCGCACUGCUGCCACGUCGUCAACAACCUGGACGCGUGGAGAAGGUCGGGCGCUCUCUGUGAUGUAGUGCUGGAGGUUGGCGAUCAGACGUUCCCGGCUCAUAGCGUUGCCUUGGCGAGUUUCAGCGGGCGAUUAAAACAGGUAAACAAGCGCCAUUGUGUCCUGUGUUUUUUCCAGAUGUUUGAAACAGCCGAGGAGUACAGAGAAGUACCUUACCACAUUUCCCUGGACGAGAGUAGGAUGAGCUUCUCGGCAAUGUCCGCCAUCUUGGACUUCAUGUACACAUCCGAACUGCGCAUCACCUUCAGUAACGUCAUGGAAAUCAUGGGCGCGUGUGACGAGCUGAUCGUCCCCGCCAUCAUCGAGAAAUGCCGGGACUUUCUCAAGACAUUCGACCUAGAAACAUGCCUCGACUGUCUGUGGGUGACGUCACAUUACCAGUACUGGCUCGGGGGAGUUAACAAGACCGUCCGACAGUUCGUCCUUGCGAACUUCAUGUCGGUGAUGAACACCCGUAGCUUUUACACCCAGGAUGUGGCGCAGCUGGAAAGCAUUUUGGGGGACGACGAACUUUCAGUUCCCAGGGAGGUCGACGCCUUCCUUGCCAUCUUCCGCUGGGUCGAAGGCGAGGCGGACAUGAGGGUACACUUCGCACACAGGCUGUUGAGUAAAAUCCGCUACACCUACAUCGACCCGGAUGAGUUUGCGGAAGCUGUAAAAUAUGUGAACAGCAUCCCGUCCUGUCGGAAAGUUGUUCUCGAGGCUUUUCAGUUCUACUCAGCGCAAAAGACUGUCUCGUUUAGUACGCCGCAGCGGAGAAGGGGCAAGAUUCGGCAGACCACAAGAGAGACAUUCCGUGAGAACGAACAGACCACGCCAGGGCCGGUCGCGCUGCCGAGACCGUCGCGCAGCACAGUGAUGGAGAACACGGUUGUGGUUGUCGGCGGUCUGUGUGAGACGGACGAGGGCCCGGGGGUCGUGGGAGCCCAAGGUCACAUGAUCCACAAGUUCAACCGCGGCCAGAACCGGUGGGAGCUGCUCACAACUCUACCCGCCAGCGAAGCCCGGGACCACAGUGCUGUCGCCGUGCUGUAUGACAAUCUGUAUGUAAUAGGUGGCACGAAUCCCCAGAGAGCCAGUAAGGAGUACACCCCUCUCGACACGUGCUACCGCUACGACCCCGACACGGACGAAUGGGCGGAUGUGGCCGCCAUGAACAGCCAGCGAACGUACGCACAGGCCGCGGCACUCCAGGGCGUCGUGUACGUCGUGGGUGGACUUGGAGAUCAACAACGUGUUCUUGGUACCGUGGAGUACUACAAUCCGACUCUGGACGAGUGGACGUACGCAGCGCCCCUCCUCUACCCUCGCUUCGCCGCCGCGGUCGCUGUUCACACAGACAGGUUGUUCGUGGCGGGCGGCAGGACAGAACCAGACGUCGUUUCUAAUGUUGUGGAGAUGUAUGAUCCCGGCACGGACAGAUGGGAGCAGCUACCUCCACUGCGCGUGCCCCGCUCCCAUGCGGCCAUGUCUGUAGUGCAAGGCCGCUUGUAUCUGGUAGGUGGCGUUGAUGACAAGGGCAGAAGCAUGUCUGCAAUUGACGUUCUCAAUGAUGACAAUGAUCUCUGGGAACACGUGGCCGACCUCAGCAUUCCAAGACACGACAUGGGAGUUACUACUUUAGAGCCGAGGUUAUUCAUAGUUGGCGGAAGAUCUACCCGGGACAGAAGGAUGUUGCGAGGCGUGGAAUGUUUGGACCUGGAGCGGCGGGCCUGGGUGACAGACGUCGCCGGGCUCACGGCGGCUGCCAGCGGGUUCGGCUGCUGCUCCUUGACGGUACCCAUCCGCAAGAACGUUCAGACACUCGAACUCAGACAAACAAUACCCCCAGCUGCAGCGUCAGAAGAGGAAUGGUCAACCGGUACCACUGAAUACUCUGCCAGCGAAUCGUCUGCUAUUGAAUAA